UUCGUCGAUCGCCAAGUCCGUCCGAUCCACCAUGCAGUCGCCGCCCUCCCCGCGCCUGCUGCUCCUCCUCGCCCUCGCCCUCGCCGCGCUCCUCGCCUUCCUCACCUCCACCCCGACGGCCGCCCUGCACCACUACGCCGCCUCCUCCUCCUCGCCCGCGCGUGCCCUGCUCGUGCCGCAACAGCCGCGCACCCAGCACCGCCUCACCCUGCGCGCCGUCCGGGAGGACGCGUCCUCCGCGACGCCCGCCAACGACGACGACCGGUACCCCCUGCAGGACGCCGUGCUGCUCCCGGACUGGGAGGUCCUCGUCCUGCUCCACCCCGCCGCGCCCGAGAGCAGCAGCAACGCCACGUGCGCGUUCCCGGGCGGGGCGGCGUCCCCGGCGCGAUCGCUCGGGAGGAUGCCCGCGUCCGGACGCCAAGCCUACACCUGCGCCAUGCCCAGGCCGGAGCGCCGCCGCAACAAGCCCUUCCGCGCGCCAAGGCUCGUCACGACGACCACGGCGCCCUCCUCCCAGUCCCAGUCACAACAAUCCCGAUGGCCAAGGCCGGAGAUGCUGCUGCGCUGGAGCGGCCGCCUCGCCUACGACGCCGUCGCGCUCCCCGGCACCGGCGACGUCCUCGUCCUGGCCAAGGGGGUCAACCCGCGCCAGGGAGUCAACCGCCCCGCCUCCGACGUCCAGUGCGUCUACUACCGCCACAACGCCACCGGAGACGGCGUCGUCGCCUCGCUCCCGGCCGCCACCUCGGCGCAGCAGGUCUUCCGCUGCCCGGCCCCGCCGGCUACCGCGGGCGAUCUCCGCGUCACGCUCGCCGUCGCGGGCGGCGAGCCCAUCCCCUCCAUGGCGACCUACAGCCCUCCUACUGCUGCUUCAGGUGGAGGAUCGUCGUCGGCGCACAACAAGAACAGCAAGAAGGUCGUCAUGUGCGCGUGCACCAUGGUCCGCGACGUGGCCAAGUUCCUCCGCGAGUGGGUGGUCUACCACGCGGCCGUGGGCGUCGACCGCUUCCUCAUCUACGACAACGGGAGCCAGGACGACCUGGAGGGCGAGGUUCGCCAGCUCAGCGCGGCCGGGUUCGACGUCUCCACGCACGUGUGGCCGUGGCCCAAGACCCAGGAGGCCGGGUUCUCCUACGCGGCGGCGGCGCACCGGGACUCGUGCGAGUGGAUGGCGUUCGUGGACGUCGACGAGUUCAUCUUCUCCCCGAGGUGGGCUGAGUCGAGCAGGCCAUCGAAAUCCUCCAUGCUCCGCUCGGUCGUGGCCGCCGUUGAACCGGACGUCGGGCAGGUGAGCCUGGGCUGCAAAGAUUUCGGUCCGUCGGGGCAAACCAAGCACCCCGAGGAAGGAGUGACACAGGGCUACGCGUGCCGGCGGCGAGCCGAGGAACGCCACAAGUCGGUCGUCCGGCUCGACGCGCUGGAGCCGUCGCUGAUGAACUCGAUCCACCACUUCGAGGUCCGGCCCGAGUUCAGGUGGGAGCGGUCCAGGCAAGCCCGGGUGAACCACUACAAGUACCAAGCCUGGGACGAGUUCAAGGUCAAGUUCCGGCGGCGCGUGUCGACGUACGUGGCGGACUGGACCGACCCGGUGAACCACGGGUCCAAGGACCGGACGCCCGGCCUAGGGUUCGAGGCCGUCGAGCCGGAGGGGUGGGCGCACAGGUUCUGCGAGGUGGAGGACACCCUGCUGCGGGACGCCACCCGGAGAUGGUUCGGUGUUGGAUUCACCAGCAGACCAUCAUAGUCGCUGUCGCUGGUAUAUAGUAUUCUACUCGUUCAUAUGAUUCGUCAGAUGCAGGGAAGGUCGUCAUUCGUUUUGGUUAGGAGG